UGGCUCAAAGUACAGCAGAGCUUGAGAUAGGGGAAAAGAGAGGCCAACAAUCUUGAGCCGGCAGUUGCUUCUCAGCUUCGAUCGCGAGUGGAGUGAUUCUCAGUGGGAAGGGAAGAUCAGCUGAUUUCACAGCUCUUCGUCCUGCACUGUCUGGAAGUGCAUACUGUUGCUGGAUCUGCACUGGGUUCAGUGCUUUUGAUCAGUUGUGUGUGGUGAUCUUUCUACUGCUGAUUCAUAAAACUUCUCAACGAGUGGACACAUUUUCUCCUCGCCACGCCAGGAAGCGAAUGUUAAUGUGAAAAGUGCGUGAAAGAUGACAGUGGAAAAUACUGCAUGAAUUGAACACAUUUUUUUUAUUAAUUUACAUUACCUCGCAAGUGGACUCGACUUUAAAGUGCAUUUAGUGAGCAGGUUAUAUCACCAUAAAGUGCUCUUGAAAUAGACUGAAGCAAUGAUAAGAUCAACAAUUCAGUUGGUAAACAAAGGGAAGGGGCGGGAGAGGAAUCCCGUGGAGACUGCCUCAAUAUUCUCCCUCCUGACAUUCUGGUGGCUGAAGAGCCUUUUCAAAUUGGGCCUCAAGCGCCCCAUCGACGAGGACGACAUUUAUGCCACACUCAAGAACCACAAAAGCUCUCUCUUGGAAGAGCAAUUCACACGCCUGUGGUCGGAUGAGCAGAAGAAUAAGCACCCCCGUUUUCUCACUGUCAUUCUCAAGUGUUUUGGCGCCAAGAUAUUUGGCUUUGGCAUCAUUUAUACAUCGUUGGACACGCUAAUGCGUGUCUUCCAGCCACUUUGUCUGGGCGGUCUUGUGAGGUACUUUGCUCCUGGCCAGACUGAGAUAACCCGCAACGAGGCAUUCCACUACGCAGCCGGCAUCGUUAUCUGCUCCCUGGUGCCCGUCAUCACGUUUCAUCCCUUCAUUCUGUACAUCUUCCAGAUCGGCAUGAAGAUCCGAUUGGCAUGUUGCGCUCUUAUCUACAAAAAGUCCCUUCAGCUCACAAAGUCCGUGAUGGAAGAUGGCUUGAGUGGGCACGUGAUCAAUCUCAUGUCCAAUGAUGUGGGCAAAUUCGACACGGGCGUGAGUAUGAUUCACGAUCUGUGGAAGGGACCAGUGGAGUUGAUUGUACUUGGGAGUUUCAUCUACAUGGAGAUUGGAGUGGCUGGACUUGUUGGUAUCGCGGUGAUGUUGAGUUUCAUUCCAUUGCAAAUCUGGAUUGGUCGUCGAGCAGCCACUUAUCGUCUGCGCACGGCUAAGAGGACGGACAAGAGAGUUCGCUUCAUGGACGAGAUUAUUCACGGAAUUCAGGUCAUCAAGAUGUACACUUGGGAGAAGUCCUUCGCUAAGAUCGUCGAUACGAUUCGUCGCAAGGAAAUCCGAGCGAUUCGAGGAACACUCUACAUCAGAGGAACCUGCAUUUCCUUCAAUCUCAUCUCACGCCUCUGCAUCUUCCUCAGUAUCGUCACAUAUGCUUACUUUGGAAACGUCACUGCCCGAAAAGUCUUUACUGUGACCUCAUAUUUCGGCUUCCUCUACAAUUCAAUGCUGCAUUUCUGGUCGAUUGCUCUCACCCAAGUGGCUGAGUGUCUCAUCUCUGUGGCGCGCAUUCAGGAGUUCCUCGAAAGCCCAGAAACCAAAACAGAACUGCUGCUCAACAAUUAUGAGCAGGAGGAGCAGGAACUCCUUGGGAACAAAAUGAAUGGAGUGACUCCCAAUGACCAUGUCGGCCGUCGACUGGCUAAUGGAGAAUUCGAGAUCACAGAAAUGCUUCAGAAGAAGAGAAUACAUCACAAGAGUGGUCUCAAGAAAGGCAUUGUGUUUAAGCAAGCCUCAGCUUCUUGGUGUUUAGAUGGGAAAUCCAAGUCUAUCGGAAUCUGCGGAAUUGACCUGACGGUGGAACCCAACAGUUUGUGUGCAGUCGUCGGACCUGUGGGCGCGGGAAAGUCCACUCUUCUACAGGUGAUUCUCGGUGAACUUGAAUUGGAUGAUGGACUUUUGACAGUCACAGGAAAGAUUAGCUACGCAUCCCAGGAACCUUGGCUCUUCGAGGGAAGUGUCCGAAGAAAUAUCCUCUUCGUGGACGAGUAUGAUGAGAGCAGAUACAAGGCUGUCAUUCGAGUGUGUGCGCUGGAGAAGGAUUUGGCUAUGCUCCCUUAUGGCGAUGCUACUAUUGUGGGCGAACGAGGGAUCAGUCUGAGUGGCGGCCAGAGGGCCAGAGUGAACUUGGCACGCGCCAUCUACAAGAAGGCAGACAUCUAUCUCCUGGACGACCCUCUGUCCGCCGUGGACACACACGUGGGAAAGCACAUCUUCGACAAAUGCAUCAAAGAAUUCCUCAAGGAUAAAGUUUGCGUGCUGGUGACGCAUCAACUGCAGUAUUUGAAGGACGUAAACCACGCUAUUCUGAUGAAUGUGGGCCAUAUUGAGACUAGCGGUACAUUUAAGGAGCUCAAGACCAGCAAGAGCUACAGUUUGCUGGCGAACGCCAUCGAGGAUGGGGCGAAGGAAGCCAAAGGCAAGACAGAGGCAGCAGAUGACGAGAAGAAAAGCAAAACAAGCAGCAAUUUAGCCCACCAACCGACAACAUCCAAAGAAUCUCAAGUAGUUGGAGCCAUAGGAUUUCGCACGUACAAGUCGUACUUCAAGUCUGUGGAAAGUUUUUGGACGGUUUCACUGGUAUGCUUCCUGUUUGUAGCCGCUCAAGUGGCCAUAAGUGGCGUCGAUUACUUUGUGGCUAAAUGGGUAAACUGGGAGGAAUCUGUGUCAUUCGAGAAAUACCAGAGAAACGCCACAGACGGAAGCACAAGUCACGCUGGCGACGAAGAGGAAUCCCGGAAGAGAUUCAUCUACACCUACGCCAUUGCCAUUAUGGCGCUCCUGGGACUCACCCUGAGUCGCUCCUAUUCAUUCUUUCACAUGUGCCUCAGGGCCUCGGUGAAGCUCCACGAUAAGCUCUUCCGUGGCCUCACCAGGGCCAGGAUGCUCUUCUUCAACACCAACCCAUCGGGACGCAUCCUGAAUCGCUUCUCGAAGGAUAUUGGCUGCGUGGACGCACAAUUACCUGUUGCCAUGAUGGAUUGUAUCCUGUUCUUCCUGGAGUUAAUUGCCAUCAUCACACUGGUGGCGAUUGUGAAUUACUGGCUCCUCCUGCCAACAUUCAUAAUGUCCCUCAUGUUUUACCUCCUGCGGCACAUUUACGUGAACACCGCGCGAAAUAUAAAGCGCGUGGAAGCUCUCACUCGCAGUCCCGUGUUCUCCCACACGAACGCCACGUUGCAGGGCCUGGCCACAAUUCGCGCCUUCAAUGCCCAGCGAGUUCUGACAAAUGAAUUUGACUCGCAUCAGGAUCUCAAUACAUCGGCAUGGUAUCUCUAUUUGGCAACAACCCGAGCUUUCGCCCUGUGGCUGGAGCUCGUGUGUGUUCUGUACAUCACUUCCGUAACGAUGAGCUUUCUCGUGCUCGGCAAUGACGCUUUGGGAGGCAAUGUGGGAUUGGCAAUCACACAAGUAUUCAAUCUUAUCUUUAUGUGCCAGUGGGGGAUGCGUCAAACGGCGGAAUUGGAAAAUCAAAUGACAUCUGUGGAGAGGGUGGUUGAAUAUGCUGACCAACCGAGUGAGCCGGCGAUGGAGACUGAGCCAAAAUAUCGACCACCGGUCGAUUGGCCACACUCAGGUGGGCUCGCAUUCACCAAUUUCUCCCUCCGCUACACCCACGAUGGAAAAAACGUGCUGAAGGAUAUCAAUGUGUCGAUUAGAUCAAAGGAGAAAAUUGGAAUCGUUGGACGAACAGGUGCUGGAAAGUCUUCAAUCAUACAAGCCCUCUUUCGACUGGCUUUCAAUGAGGGUUUAAUAGAGAUUGAUGGAAUAGAUACCGAGACUCUCGGCUUACAUGACCUACGAAGCAAAAUCUCAAUCAUCCCACAGGACCCAAUCCUGUUCACUGGCACACUUCGCCACAACCUUGAUCCAUUUGAGGAGAAGAGAGACGACGAGAUAUGGAGUGCUUUGGCACAAGUCGAGCUGAAGGAGGCUGUUUCGCACUUGCCACGCGGCUUAGACAGUAAAAUGUCCGACGGAGGCUCAAACUUUAGUAUGGGUCAAAGGCAACUAGUGUGCCUGGCCAGAGCCAUCCUUCGCAAUAAUCGGAUUCUGGUUCUAGAUGAGGCGACUGCGAAUGUGGACCCGGAAACCGACAGACUUAUCCAGACCACAAUUCGGGACAAAUUCGCACAAUGCACAGUAUUAACCAUUGCUCAUCGCCUGCACACGGUCAUGGAUAGCGAUCGUGUCCUUGUGGUGGAUGCGGGACGUGUAGUGGAGUUUGGACACCCUUAUGAACUUAUCCAGAAAUCCCAAGGGGGCUUCUUCAAGGCACUCGUGGACGAAACGGGCCCCACUACUUCAGUACAGUUGAUAGAAUUGGCGAAAAAGAGCUUCAAUCGGGCGCAAAUCACAUUUUGAUCACGCGGAGCAGAUUUACACCCGCCAGCAACAAUUGAGAUUAUUUUUCCGCUCGAAAAAGUCUUCAUUUUUUUUAUAUUAAAAUUGUAUCACUCAAUCAUCCUCUUUUUUGUAUAUUUGACGUGAACUAUAAAUGGAAUUUUCUGUGCGA